UUCUAGCCAGUUAAGGCCUGUGAGAGGCUCAUUGCCCUCUCUGAUGAAUGUCUGUGUUGAAGUUUGCAGUCUGCAAUGACUGAAUAGGAAACGCUACUGCCAUCAUCUGUAGCUCGUGCUGUUUUCUGUUUGUCUUCUCUUUCCUCUUGUGGGCAGUGGUUCUGUGCACUCUAUAUGGACCUUGUGACUUUUUGUUUUUCUUUUAUACCUGUAUGUACACCACGCUGUGCUCUUUGGGUGACUGAAGGUUGCAUCCUGACAGUGCUCUCGUUCCAUGGAAAAAUACAUGGAAAAAAUGCACGUGCUGCCUUCAGCUGGUUUGUUCCCAGCUGAUUCUUACAUAUGGCCUUUGCACCUAUCCUUAAUAUUUCUAAUGAUUUGCACAGAAUUGUUUAAUUAGUGGUGUGCAAAACUAGGCAAAUAACAGAAAUAGAUGGGCAGAAGCAGUAAGUGACAAAAAUGUACACAGUAUCGGAUGAAAACCCAGCAUAUGGUUGAUUUUGGGAGUGUAUCACAAUGCAUUAAUUAAAAAAUCAAUUGAAAAGACCGUGGGAUUUCCAUUAUGCACCGACCUAUUUUAGCCAGACAAUAGCGCAGUGGAACACUAAACAACACUGUCUGAUGUCUUUAAAGAUUCUUACAGAGCAAAUAUAGAUUUUGUCUGCGGUGAGAGAAUCUGAGCUAAUAUAGCCUGGACUGUGAUGCCAUGAAACUGUUCCAGGAUGUCUUGGGAUCCUCAGCCCAGAAGGCGGACAAUACAAAAGGCUAAUUGGCCGUUUCCAUGGUCAUUUUCUCUCUGCAGGCAGGUAAAAGCAGCAAACCCAAGCAUGGCAAAGGCAAAAGCUCCGAAAAGAAAAUGAAGAAGGUGGUGAAGGACGUCGAUAUCCUCAGCUCAGCUGCCAUGCUCAAUGCCCAUUACAUCUGCCAUAAUGUCCCUGCCUGCCUAGAGUUGCGGGGCUUUUCUUGGCCUGGCUCCCCCAAAAAGAAGGGGAAGAGACGAAAGUAGCUGGCUGGAAAGCAAAGGAUGUGAUGAAAGCCAAGCUCCCCCUGAUAAGAAGAGGCUUCUUUGAACUUUAGACUCAUACCAAUAUCUGCAGUGGUUAGCUCAAAUAUUUUGCCAUAAUCACUGUUGUGUCCACACAAAGACACUCUUAUUAUAGCUCAAGCUUACAGUGACAAAUGGCAAGUGACACUGGUGCUGUUGUAAUUUCAGCUGUGGCCCUCAGGCCUUAGUUCUGUGUGGAAUAAAACACUGAGUCUCAGCAGUUUGAGGGGGUUGUGGUGGGGUUUGUUUUACCCAUACCGCUGCUGUUCUUAUGCAGAUGGAAAGUGCUCCCCAACGUGGGGGUGCCUGCAGUUCUUUCAAUCAGUGCUGGUGGAAACUUGAGCUCAGAUAGCAGAUACCACGCUGAGAUCAUCAGCAUCAAAUACUUCUACAGCAGCUCUGAGAGUCACCUGGUGCUCCCUUUCUGGGUCAGAAGAGCUGCACGAUGCAGUCUGCAUAUCUGGGUGAUUCACCUCAUCCUACAUUUGGGCAGACCCUCAUCCAUCUCAAUUUUGCAUGUAAUUCAGGCUGCCCUGUGGUUAAUGAAGACCAGCAGACACCUUGAAAUAAGUCUGGAUUUUAAAAUGGGUUGAUUCUCUACUUGAAUACGGUGCUUCAAACAUCCACCAACUGCUGCUGACUUCUGAGAAACAGUCCAGCUUGAACGGAUGCAGCUUCAUGGGAGGCUCCACUACUGUAUAACAGACAUCUCUGUUUCAUCACAACGUGUACAAGUUGAGUACUGUAGGAGGCUCUUCUUCCUGCUAGGGUACAGACUUUAUAAGCUGAGUUUAUGAUGAAUAAAGCUGAUUCUGCUCAAAUCCCCAAAGAAUCUUUUGAGAGGAAUCUGGAAGCUCAAGACCAUUUCCUUUAUGUCCCUUUGCAAAGGAAUUUCCCAGUGCUUUGCCCAUCAUCUCUUACAUUUCCCAGUAGCAGGGUAUCCCUUGUCUUGCUGCUAUUUAACAGCCAUGAACAGUGUGCUGCUGGAGUACAUGGAGUGUCCCUUUCGUGUAGGAAAUUAUGUACCAAAACCAAGCUGUUAAGAAUACACCGGAUGCUGACCUACAUAUUUGUGGGUGGAGUACAGGGAGAGAAUCAAAAGACUUGUGAGAGUGAUGUCUUUUUGUUUAACUCCUGUGUGAACAGCCAUUAUUCACCACACUUGGUAUUAAAAUAUCCUUCAGCCAACACUCGUGUGUUGCAUGGCAUUUCCUAAUGUGUUAUUUUCACAUUAAGAAAAGCACUGCAGAGCUUCAUGAUACUUAAGAAAGGCCUGAGACAAACUCUUUUGUCUCAUUUUUCACUUUAGGAAAUGCCCUGGAUGUUAUUUCCCAAUUUCAGAGAAGGACAGCUGAGGACUUUUGUGGUCAUAAAUGUUAUCUCCAGAACGAAGAAGUUACCAUGACAGAUAUUUAAAGAAAAAACUUUCAUCCAAAAUGCACAUUAAAUGUUGGCACUAAAUAGUGCCCACAGACAUAAAUAAAAUUGAGGUUUUUGUGGGUUAACUCCUGUCUCAUUUGCC